AUGCGGGCUCCGGCGGCGGCCGCGGGUCGGGAGCGGGGAGCUGCAAAAACGCCCAGAAUGAAGGCGGCGAAGAAAGUGUCUAAAGCGACCAAAGCGGCCAAAAUGACGAAACCCAAGCGGAGGGCGAAGCUGGCUGCGGCGAAUCAGACGGCGGCCGCCGAGGCGGCGCGGCGCGCCCGCCACCUGAAGGUGCUGAGCUGCGCGUCGGGCGCCGAGCGGGAGCUGGAGGAGCUGGUAUUCGGCGACAGCCUCAACGUGGAGGAGGAUGAUCUGCUGCGGCGGCUCGCCGGGCCCCGAACGGUCACUGCUGCAGAGGGGAAAGACCUCCAGGAAGAGUCCAGCGACUCGGAGGUGGAAAAUGAAGCGAAAGGUGACUUACUGCCCAAAAAGCCGGCAUGGGUGGAUGAGGAUGAUGAAGCCGAGGAAGAUGUUGAUAUGACCCAUAAGUACAGGAAAGAUUUCAUGAAGAGUGAUGCCGAGACAACGCUUACUAAGAAAAAACUAAAGAAGAGACUUGAGGAACAGUUUCAGCAAGCCAUGGGAGGAGUUCCUGCCUGGGCUGAUCUAGAAAACAGGAAGAAAUCCAAAAGGACUUCGAGUGAUAGUGACAGUGAUGAAGAUGAUGAUCUGCUACGCAGGACUGGCAAUUUCAUAACGAGCUCAGAGUCUCUUCCAAGAGGGAUUUUGAAGGUGAGCACCUGCCUUCCUGCAAACCAGGAACGUUUUGCCAAUGGAAAACUGGUGACAGUGCAGUUUCAUCCUUCAGCUCAAGUAGUGAUGACAGCUGGCCACGAUCGCUCUGUGUCCCUGUUCCAGGUGGACGGUAUAAGGAACCCAAAAAUACAGAGCAUCUAUUUAGAGAGUUUUCCAAUUUAUAAGGCUCGUUUCAGUGUGGAUGGAGAGCAAGUUAUAGCCACUGGGACUCACCACAGCAUGUUCUUUGUGUAUGACAUGCUAGCUGGGAGUAUCAUCCCUAUCCCAAAAGUACGAGGUGUGGAGGAAAGAUUUCUCAGAAACUUUGAACUCUCUCCAGAUGGAUCAUUUAUGCUGCUAAUUGGAACUUCAGGUUACCUUCACUUGCUGUCCAUGAAGACAAAAGAACUGAUCAGCACUAUGAAGGUGAAUGGAAGGUGCACUGCCUCUGCUUUCACCCCAGACAGCAGUAAAAUAUACAGCUAUUCGAAGGAAGGUGAAGUUUUCAUUUGGGAUGUGAGAAGCAGAAAGUGCCUACACAAAUUUGAAGAUGAAGGUUGUUUAGAAGGAAAGUGCAUUGCUGUUUCAAAAAAUAACCAGUAUGUGGCAUGUGGUUCAUCUUCUGGAGUUGUAAAUUUAUACACUACUGAUGCCUGCCUCAAAGAAAACCGUCCUAAACCAGUGAAAGCCAUAAUGAACCUUGUUACUUCUGCCACCUGUGUGACCUUUAAUCCCACCACAGAGAUCUUGGCAGUGGCUUCACGUGACACUGAUGAGGCUGUCAAAUUGGUGCACCUUCCUUCAUAUACUGUAUUCUCAAACUUCCCAGUGUUCAGAAGAAAACAGAUUUAUCUCACUCAAUCUAUGGACUUCUCUCCCAGAAGUGGAUAUUUCUCUGUAGCAAAUAACAAAGGCAAAGCUUUGUUAUUUAGGCUGAAACAUUAUUCAUCCUUCUGAAAGAAGAUACAGGAGAAAAUGAACCAGUAACUGAGGUGAAAAUAGCACUAGAAUUGUUCACAGUGUUGGCCUGAGGAGCCUCAACAUUUUCAUUUUGCUGCCUCCACUUCUUUACAGGUGGCAAGAAGAAUUUCUUAGCCCUGUGUGAUCUGUCCUGCCUGAGUCACUCAUGGGCUGGAGCAGGACUGGCCUUGUCACUCUCAGCUUUUCUGAUAAUGCACCAAGUUCACAGUUCAACUAAAAAGUGCUGUCAGCCAGACUGAGCUGAUUCUAUUUCAAUCAAACUCAGCAAUGUUGAUAAAGAGCUGCAGGCUGGCAGGGACUUGGUUUGAUCCUGUUCUGGAGUAUUGUGAGCCCCUACAAGUCUGGAUCAUUUCAAACUCCCAUUACAUGAAUUACUGAAAUUUGAAGCAUAGUUUGUGUGCAGAUAUGAUUUUACUGUGCACUUAAAUGUCUUCUUGGGGAACUGGAAAGACUUGUAGCCUUGACAGCAAUACAGCAGAUUGACAAAAACUGUGUUAAUGAGGGGAGGCUGAACUUGUUUAGACUGGAAGCAGCUCUGACUGCUGCAUGUUAAGCUUGCACUGAAUUUAUGGGCUCAGUGUUUGGAAAAUACUAACAAAAUUAUCUCUGCUGGUCUUUCCCCAGGUGUUGUAACCUGCAGAUACAAGUAUGCUGACAAAA